CGGCAUUCAGAAUGGCAGGCUUGUCCACUUUAAUCCUCCUUUUGUGUGCUGCUAAAGAUGUGAUGCCCUCCAGUUCUCACUGGAAGCCAACUUGGCCGUCGUACAGAGUUCCAGUCAUCCUGCCGCAGUCUACCCUUAACUUGGACAAACCACAGUUUGAUGCUGAAGCCAGACUGGAAGUGGUUUCUCCCUGUGGCCCAGCAUGCCACAAAAGUUCUCCGCUGCCAACUUAUGAAGAAGUAAAGAACUACCUGUCCUAUGAAACCCUGUACGCUAAUGGUAGCCUCACUGAAACUGAAGUGGGCAUAUAUAUCCUGAGCAACAGUGGUGAUGGGUCUCAAGGCAAAUCUCGAACUAAGAGGCAGAUCUAUGGCUAUGAUAGCAGGUUUAGCAUUUUUGGGAAAGACUUCUUGUUGAACUACCCAUUUUCCACGUCAGUGAAGCUAUCUACUGGUUGCACAGGGACGCUGGUGGCUGAAAAGCAUGUUCUUACUGCCGCUCACUGUAUCCAUGAUGGCAAGAGUUAUGUCAAAGGGGCUCAGAAACUGCGGGUGGGGUUCCUAAAGCCCAAGCUGAAAGAUAGCAGCAAAGGGGCCAAUAUCACCAGCUCGGCAAUGCCUGAGAAAAUGAAAUUCCAGUGGAUCCGAGUGAAACGGACACACGUCCCGAAAGGGUGGAUCAAGGGCAAUGCCAAUGACAUUGGCAUGGAUUAUGACUACGCUCUGCUGGAGCUGAAGAAGCCUCAUAAAAGAAAGUUUAUGAAGAUAGGCGUGAGCCCACCGGCAAGACACUUGCCUGGAGGGAGGAUUCACUUCUCUGGCUACGACAACGAUCGUCCAGGAAACCUGGUUUAUCGUUUCUGUGAUGUCAAAGAUGAAACGUAUGACCUGUUGUACCAGCAGUGCGAUGCCCAGCCAGGCGCAAGUGGAUCUGGGGUGUAUGUGAGGAUGUGGAAGAGGCAGAAUCACAAAUGGGAGCGUAAAAUUAUUGGAAUAUUUUCAGGCCAUCAGUGGGUGGACAUGAAUGGCACCCCACAGGAUUUCAAUGUAGCUGUUCGCAUCACACCCCUCAAAUACGCACAGAUUUGUUACUGGAUCAAAGGUAACUACCUUGACUGCAGGGAAGGAUAAAGACAAUGAAACUCCAUGAAAGCACUUAAUGACUGGUUUUAAUUGCUCAUCUGAGGAAAGGCUAAACUUCUGCUGCAAAUGCGUGCGAUAGGUUUUUGUAACAUUGGGAUGGGAUAUAUAGCUUUCCAAGCAAGCCACCUCGUUCUCGGGUCAGGGGCUGUGUGGUGCUGUCAUUAGAGCUCGAAACUGAGGAGAAAGGAUCGUCUUCUGGGUGGGGAAGGAGCAAGUGGACUUGCAGAAUUUGCAGCUGAGCAACUGAAGAUUAAUUAGGGGCGGAUCAGUAAACAGUACGAAAUCAGAACCGUCUCCAAAGAAUCUUAUAAAAGGGACGCUGUUGACUAUCUCAUGCCUACAAUGUUUGUUUUAAUAAAUCCUAGGAUUAGUAGAAAUGCUUUGAUCUGAACUUUAAAAAGAAAAUAUUUCUGUGCUGUUGGGUGCUGAAGAGGGGCAUUUAAUGGUGUUUGCAACCCAAACAUUACAGCUUUGUGUUCCUGCGUGAGAAAGGGAGUGUGAAAAGGGCAAGGCACGUGCUGUGGGAGACGAAUGCCACACAAAUAGCGUGAAGGGUAAAUAACUGCAUAACACUUCUAACCUUCUUUCGGCCUGAGUGAUUUGAGACUUUAUUAUUAGUAACGUAACUAAGAAAAAUGCUUUUUGAGCAAACAAACCUUGAUGUUGCA